ACUUUAGGUUAGGUACAGUUUCUUAUCCAUGUCAAUGCUAUCAAAACAACCAUGAAUUGAUCUCUAAGAGAUGGAAGUCUCUGUGACGGAGAAAGAUGAGGAUCCGCUCUUCCGUCGAUCAUCCCGGAAGAGACGAAAAAUAAAUUACAAAAGUGAAAAGCAACUGAGGGUGAUAGUUAAAAAAGAGGAACAAACCGAUGGAAAACCCAGAAAAAGGGGAAGGCCAAGGAAGCAGCCUCUUCCUCUUCCUAUUCCUCCUGAAGAAUUGGACACUAAAUCACUGAAAUUUUUGGGUACACCUGUUUUGGGGACACCUGUUUUGGGGACACCCGUUUUGGGGACAACUGUUUUAGGAACAACUACUGUAAAAAAGAAGUGUAGAAAGUUUAAAUUGGAUGAAAUUGACAUCAUAAUCGAAGAAUACAUCAAACUGGGAAACGAAGAUGGAAUGAAAAGAAUUAUCAAUUCCUUGCAAUGUGCUCUACAGACAACACCCAAGAAAACAUCUAAUGCUUGUCAAAAAGGUGGUACAGACAUAGUAAAAGAAGCACCAACUCCUGUAAAACAGAGAACAAGAAAAUCUACCGAAACUCCUAGGAACCUUUCCAGUGCAGCAAUUGUUUCAGAGAACUCACAGCCUCAAAACAUAAACCCACGGUUACAAUCUGCCUCAUCUAUUCCAGCAAACCUUCAAACUAAGUCGAUAUCAGUGCAUGGAAACAGUGUUAUAAUGCAAGGUGUCAUUGAUACUGGAAUGGCUCAAACUUCGUGUUUUCUCAUUCCGAUUGAUAUCGGAAACAUUGGUCAACUUCCAAGUGGGGUCCAGGUUAUCCAGAGCACUCCAAAUCAAAUGAUGGGAAACCAACAUCAGGUCCUCAACACACAAACAUCUCAAAAUGUAGGAAACUCUAGUGUCCUCAUCCCCAUCAACCAGCAAUCACAUCAGAAUCUAUCCCAACAACAACAGCAGCAGCAACAACAACAACAACACCAACAACAGCACCAACAACAGCAACAGCCUCAGUUUCUGCCUCUCAACCUCCCUGUUCAUAACACGACUAACAGCACCAACACAGCAUUUGCAAAUGGAGGACAUGGUUUAACAACCAGUACCUCAAAUAAAGCUGGUAGUUUCAACGGUAGUUGUGAUAAAGCACCUCCGUUUAAAGGCAUCAUUAGAUCUACAAGUUCAAACAGCAGUGUUACUGUAACCAAUUCUAUCCAAGGGAGACCACUCACAAGUGCUCCUCGUAUCAUAGAGGAGGAUAUUUCUGUCACCAACCAAUCAACCGAUUCUGUUGAAGUCUCGGUCGCUGACAAAGUACAAAUAAUUAACAGCAGUGCUAACAAGAAAUCGCCAAAUGGUAAUGAUGCUACAAGUGCCCAAGUGGACGCAGUGGUGGACGCACUCCAGUCAACUGAUUCUCUUUCUCAGAUGUUAGACCAGCUGUCGCAUGACGACAUGGUUUCUAUAAUCAGUAUCCUUACCAACAGUCCCACACCAGCUCCCUCCACUAAUCCUGGUUCUGCUUCCACUUCUGAUAAUCUCUCUACUGACCUGGCUAAGCUGGCAAGUGAUAUCGACAAGAUCUCAAAAUUGGACCCUGAUCAGCUAUCUAACGGAGUGGUUAAUCAGCUGGCAGCUGAGAUAUCCAAGUUGCUAUCAAGUACUGCAGCUCCUGUUACCCCAGAAGAAGGACCAGACAAGCUACUCACUAAACUACUUGACACUGCAAUACAGGAGGAAGACGAGGACUUUCAACAUGUCCAGAUUAUACAAGCUCAACAACAAACAACAGAGGAGGUUAACACUAACGCUGGGUUAAAGUGUUACAUGUGUGGUUUAGUGUGUCCUGAUGAGCGGGCUUUCAUUACUCACAUGCGCUUCCACCUCUUCAACUACAGGUAUUCGUGUUACGAGUGUGGGUUUGGGACCAGCUCAAUGAAUGAACUGUUACUACACAAAGCUGAACAACAUGAGGGGGACCUCACUAAAAUCAGUCCUGAGUUACUUAAAGAGCUGCCCAAAUCAGAGCGAGCUGCAAUGCCUGACCUUGAGGAGACGUUGAUACAAUGUCCGGAAUGCAAGGAGAACAUUCCUCUCAACUCACUUAGUGGUCACAUGAACCAGAAACACAAGCCUCUACACAAAGCUAGUCCAGGAAGGAAGCCGAAGUGUACAAUCUGCACCGCUUUAGUAGAGAAUAAACUAGAGCUGGCUGCUCAUGUCAAACAUCACGGCAAGGAGGACAACUGUUUCGCUUGCUAUUUCUGCGCACAAACCUACACAUCCAUUUCCUCUCUCCAACUCCACACUACCAACUACCACGCUAGUUUGGCUGCAAGGCGUCAUUACAAGUGCACUCAGUGCGCAAGGGAGUUCAGUGGCAGUUACCACCUGAUACGGCACGUAAAAACAGUCCAUGAACAGCGCCGAGAUUACCAGUGUUCCAAGUGCGACAAGUCAUUUGUAGAGCUGCACUGCCUGAGGAGGCACAUCAGGAACAUUCAUAACCUCAUCCGGGACCACACCUGUCCUGUGUGUAAUAGAGGGUUCACGUACCGUCAGGACAUGUUUCGUCACAUCAUGUCAGUUCACCAGAAGAUUCGGGACAUCAAGUGUCCACUUUGCAGCGAAAAGUUCUAUCACAGGUACUUUAUCGGCCACGCUUACCGCCAACACGACCUAAAGGUAAAGUACAGAGACGGUAUCUGCUACAUAUACGAUGAUGCGGGCAACGUUAUCCACAAAAUCACAUGAUUUUAAAUCUGAUAAUCAACAAAUGUCACGUGAUAUCACGGGGUCAUUGUCCCUACAGUUAUCACGUGACCACAUCCUUCUAAAAACAUUCGUCUUACUUAUAUGUUGGAAAUCGGACGUUAGAAUAACAGUUCAAGUUAAUGUUUUAACAGUUCAAGUUAAUGUUUUAACUUUUAACACAUUAACAGUUCAAGUUAAUGUUUUGAUUGCUCAAUUAGCCCGCCGUCUCUUUUUGGGGAGUGAUCGGGAAAGAGAAACUUAAAAGAGAAACUUAGAUUAAACUUAAAUUAGACUUAAGUGAAAGCCGUGUUAUGUCAAGAUGGAUGACAAAAUGCACGAAUGACCCCAUCCUUAGGAUAAUUCAACGAAAGUGUUUUUUAAAUUGAACAAAUAAAGUCACAAAUUUUUUAAAGGAUCCGUACAGUAGAAUUGUGAACUGAAUUAGUCUCAUACGUAAGUAUACAAUGAACUUCAAAGUUUCGUAAUUAAAGUCGUUCUUAGAAUCAAAUUUUAAGAUUUGGUUCAACGCUACAUUAGUUGAAAACUGUGUGUUUUUCAAGUUAAAAAUGUGGCGUUAUCAAUUGUUUUUUCGCUGCGCUUUUAUCCUAAUUUAACAUAAGAAUACAAAUUUUCGGUUUCGUAUAGUAUAUUAUAGAUUUAGUUAAAAAUUGAUUUAAAUGAUUUUAGCGUAUUUUAGAUUUGAAUUUGAGUCGAAAAUUUAUGUAAAUUCUGCUAUCAAAAAACAAUGAAACCAAUGUAUUGAUUAUUAAUGUUAAUGUUGAUCAAUCCAAUUCAAUUAAUUAACGAACAAUUUGUCCAACAAAUGUGAAAAAGAUUUUUCUAGAUGAAAUUAUUAAUAUCGAUUUUGAUUCUGAGGAUAAGAUCUAUUGCACAUAUUAUAAAGAUGGUGAUUUGAACGUUUUUCUUUGGAGCACAUGUAUGAAAUGUAGCAAAAAUACAGUUGGUCCUGCAUGUAGAUUUGCAACAUUAUCGAGGUAGACAUUAUCGAUACGGCGGCCGAUUUAGGCGGGAUUAAUUAAAUUUGAUACGCUCGUAAUUAAAUCGGCAAUAUCGCAUUAACGAUAGGGCAAUGUUAAACGUGCAAAUUUAAUCCCCCUGAUCCCGUAAAAGAUUAGUUUAUUCUUUAAUGAGUGAUAUUAUAGAGGAGACUUUGUUAAUAUUAUUUUAUGUAAGCUGGAGCUAUGCUGUAGAGGUUAAUUUUAUACAA